GAUGAAAGGGCAUAUGGUGAAAUAAAUUCCGGUCACCAAACAGUUUGUAUGAGGUUCACCCUUUUCCCAUCUUGCCAAGCUUCUAUAAAGCUAAGCCUUUUAUUUUGAAGUAACAGUACCGGAAGCUAAACUUUGUGGUUGGUCCUCUUGAUAAUGCUUGUUUUCGUUGUCAUAAACAUGGAUGUGAGUCAGAUGAUCGACCCUGUUGUUUGCUUUUGCACCAUGAAAUGAAGCAUCAGCCUCGGGAAACACUGAAGGAAAACUUCAGUCGAUCGCCGGAAAUCAAAAAUCCGGCGGUUUGUUUUUCUCGAGCAACGAAAAGCUAAACCCGUCUUUAGCCCACCGAGGAAGUGCUCCUUUUGUUUCAGGCGGCUGUGUGUGUUUUUUUUUUUUGUUUUUUUUUAAUCGUGUCAACAUGGAUAUGUACGGAUACACCGGGGUCUUCUUGGUGAAGCGAUUCUUGGAUAAUUCCCCGUUUGAAGUGACAAACAUGUCCGACAUCAACAAGGCGAAUCCUCACGGCUGCGAUAACGGAGCUCUAACGGACAGGUUCGGCGUCCUGAUCCAGGGUCUCCUGGCCAUCGUCGCCUUCAGUACGCUGAUGCUGAAGCGGUUCCGCGAGCCUGCUGGGAUCAGACGACCGUGGAGAAUCUGGUUUUUCGACACAUCCAAACAGGCCAUUGGCGCCCUCUUCAUCCACUUUGCCAAUGUCUUCCUGUCCACACUCACCAAAGAAGACCCAUGCUCCCUGUAUCUGAUGAACUUCCUGCUAGACGCCACGCUGGGGAUGCUGGUCAUCUGGCUGGCCGUCAAGUUGGUGUCCAAGCUGGUGGAGUACAAGCAGUGGACGUUGCUCACGUUUGGGGAAUAUGGCGACCCUCCUCAGGCUGCAGCCUGGCUGGGCCAGUGUGGCAUCUACCUGCUCAUCAUGGUGCUGGAGAAAGGUGUGAUCAGCCUGGUGCUGCUCGUCCCCGGAUGGUCCAAAUUGCAGGAGGUGUUGCUGAGCUACAUUGCUAACCCUCAGCUGGAGCUGGUGCUGGUCAUGCUCAUCGUGCCCUUCAUAGUCAACUCCAUCAUGUUCUGGGUGGUGGACAGCCUGAUGAUGAGGAAGUACAAGACGAUGAAGAGCCUGGACGACUCGUGCGACAGCUCGGUGAAGAAGGCCGACUCGCUGCCGUGGAUGAACAACGAGGAGUCGCGGGUCCUGCUGACCGUCGAGACGGACACAGACGAGGCGUCAGAGGGGGAAGAGGAGCCCGGCGAUGAGGGACCAGUCCCCAGUGUGCAUUAUUCAGGGGGACCGCUGAGACCCAGCUGGGUGGUGGUGUAAACCCAGGUGACGUGACCUCUUACUCGUCCAUCCACUGUCCACGCACACACUACACAAAACACUCUUAAGAUCCUCAAUGUGGACAAAAGCAAAAAAAUUAAAGGUCUAAAUAUCCGCUUCUUUGCGAGCACAAUUAAAGGUCAUAUAACCUGUGAAUGUGAACACUACAACCUUAGCUGCCUUCUUCUGCACUCAAGGUGUCAAUACUUACAACUGGAGCCUGACUCAGUACAUGCAUGUAAAUCAAAUAGCAUUUUGGGAAUUAGAAGCUCUUUAUCCUCUCACCUUGUUGCCUCCGUUUGCUCCAAAAGAACAUCAGAGUAACCACAACUGAACUCUGUGUGUGGAGAGAGAUUAAUAAGGAGUGCAGCAGCUGCAGGGCAAAAUGUACGGGUGGCAGCAACAAGACCGAAAAAUAAAUCAGACUUUUUUUCACACUGGGGACUUUUGGGAUUGAUGUUGCUCUAAAGAGAGUCAUUAAUCGUGUAUCAUAUUCCAAAGAGGAGCAAACCCGUGAAGUACACACAUAUAUAUA